CGCACGCUCUUGAAAAGCGUUUACAGCUGAUCCGCUCACGCAGAAUCAAAACAGACCUCCACCGCUCGCAGACACCUGCUCAUGUGCGACUCUCAGCGUUAAGGGUCAAUGAGGGGGGCGCUGGUCGUCGUAUUUCAGGCUCUGCUGUGGCCUGUCGUCUCAGCAUCAGCCCUGUUUACAGUCAGUUUAGAGGAGAGCGAUUACGAGGCAGAGCUACAUGGAGAUGUCAAACUAGUGUGCUUGUUCUCCAAGAUUAAACGUUUUUCUGACCUCACUGUCAUAUGGAGCCGAGUCGAGCCGAAGCCGGCCGUGGAUGUGUAUCGGCUGGAGAGAGGCACAGAAAACCCCAAUUACACCAGUGCUGCGUUCAUAAAGCGUGCACAGCUCAUCCACGAGCAGCUGAAUCUAAACAGAGCGGUGCUGCUCUUGAAGAAGCUCCAGAUAAAAGAUUCAGGCAUGUACCGGUGCAUCGUGAAAGAGGGAGAUGAUGGAGACUACAAGCAAGUCACGCUCAAAGUUACAGCUCCUUAUACUCCCGUAAAGAAAAGCACCAUGAAGACGGGUCAGGAUGAGGUCGAGCUCUCCUGUGAGUCUCAGGGAUUCCCAUCCGCUCUGGUUAUCUGGAGCGAUGGCCAGAACACAAACCUUACAGAGCGGUCCAUCAGCACCACACGCUCUACAGAUGAAGAUCUCUUCCACAUCAUCAGCAAGCUGACGGUGAAACGAGACCUGGUCAAUAACUACACCUGCUCUUUCCUCGUGAAGGGAGAGAUCCGGGAGACGGCCACCUUCAGCAUCCCAGAUGACCUCCUUCCUCACUCUUCUGCUCAGUACGUGUGGAUUGUCGCCGUGGUCCUUGUGCUUUUAGCCAUUGUCUUCAUCUGUGUAAUUCUGCAUAGGAGAAAAAAUGGUCAGAAAAACAGACAUAAUGAAUCAUCUCAAUGUGCUUUCCUGUUUCCACACUCAUCCUCUGCCACCACUGACUCUUUACUGACCGUGAACGAGAACAGGUCGCAAGCAUGUGACAUAAACUCAGAAGAAACUGCAGAAAAAUCUUUGAGGAGCGCGCUUAUUCAACAGUAUUCAGAGCUCGACACAAACGCUGAGAUGAACAGCAGACUUGCUUCAUAUGCACUCCUCAGCAAAGAAGGCCAAUCUCUAAACAUCAGCUCAAUCCUGCCCGAUAAGAAACAAAUGAUCCUUCUGCUUGGAGAACCAGGCUGCGGGAAAACCAGCGUAGCCCAAAUCCUGUCAUCCUGCUGGGCUGAGAGGACCACGACAGACCCCUUCAGCAUCCGCCGGCUCCAGCUGGUUUUCCAGGUGGACUGUAGCCGAGCGAAAGGAGACUUUUUCCAGGCGAUAAAAUCCAGCGUUUCUUAUGAAAAACCACUAGAUGUGUCAGAGCUCAGAGAGACUCUUCUGGGCUCGAGAGACUGUUUGCUCAUACUGGAUGGAUAUCAAGAGGGAAACAAGGACCUGGAUGAAACACUCGAAUGGUUUCUAACAGAGCGGCAGACGUGCCGGGUGUUAAUCACAUCACAUCCUGGAAAAUGUCCAGCUCUGGAGAAAAACGUCAGGACAGUAUUACAGCUCAUUCAGAAACCGGAAAAUUCUGGAUCAUGAAAUCUUAUACAUUUUAUAUUUGCACAGACUGUGGUUUUGCCCUUUUGUGUUGCAAAUUCAACAAUGCCGGAUGAUGGAUCUGCCUUUCGUUUCUUGGGAAUUUGUUAUAAUCUGACUUUUGGUAAAGCAGACUCAUCUGGCAGGAGAUCAAACCAUUUCACAAUACUUGAAUUCAGUUGUAUAUUUCAAAGACCAAGUACAGGAAAAGAGAAAUGAGAUCACGGUUAUUUAGCCUUAUCACUGUAGACACAAACAAAUCAUAUAGAAACUAUUUGCACUUAUGAUAAUAACAAAGAAACUGCAAGCAACACCGUCUUAAACGUGAAAGCUUGGAGUAGAAAAUCUGAAAUGGCUUUUUCUUGUGAAAUGUUUUAUUUACACAAUCUUGUGCACUUCUUAUCAGUCAAUAAUGCAUAUGGUUUAACUGUUACAUGAAUAAGCACAGGUCAGAUUUGCAUGCUUUCAGCGAAAUAUAGUUACAAACUAACCAUAACUACCCUUUCUUCUGACCGAUCAUUAUGGUGCAAAAAGCAACUUCUCUUUUAGAUUUACUUCAAACUUUCUGUAACAACAACACACUUUCAUUUUGUUUAUCGAUGUAAAAUGUGAUGAUUUUGUUUGAAGAACAAAAAACUGAAAGUGAAAACUUUCAUUUUUGACUCUUUUAGAAUUGUUUGGGUUUUUUGUUUUGUUGCAUUUAAGCAGCUCAGUUUAUCAUGUUUGAUGAAUGCACAAGCAUUGCACAAGUCUUUUCAUGAAGAGACCGAGUUCUUUGUUUCACUUUUAUUUUGCUUUGAGUCUGAACAGGAUUAACUCACAUUUCUGAGAAAACACUCUGCUUUAACUGGCAGUGAGAUAAAAAAAAAGGGAAGUACACGUUUCCCGCAAAGGGAGGCCAAAAUAAAAUGUCUGAGUGUCAUUUGGAUGAACUUUUUCAGCUAUUGCACUUGCGCAGGAUGCCUUUUUAACUUAAGCAUUAAAGAAGAAACUAAUUCUGGAGCUCAAACGGAUGAAAUGAUUUCAAGGUUUAAAGCUUUGACAGAUAACGGUCUAUGAGAGGAAAUUACACAUUACAAAAAUUAAACAUAUUGAAAGUGAAAGUCACCGACAUACAGUACAUGCAUUACUUUAAUCCUUUGGUGCAUGUAAUGUUAUAUUACAAAGUAAUUCCAUUUUUUGCAUGAAUAUUAUGUUUUCUUCGCAAAUUAUCAAUUAAUCUCUGUGCACUGAAAUAGCUGAUUAAAAAACAAAACAAAUGUUGAUCAUGGGAUUAUAAUAAAGGGUCAAAGGUCACUUCCCAUGAUGGUUUGGAUGUUACAUCAUAUCCAAAAUAAUUCAAAUAUUUUUUAAAGAUAGAUGACAUCAGCAUCAGAGUUAAAGUGUAAUUUCUGCCUGAUUUGACUCUUAAAAAUAACUUUUUUUUGUGUGUUUGCAACCCAAUUCAACACCAAUAAACGUCAUUUUUACAUGUAUUA